AUGCAUCUUUAUAGAGUUGUGGUUUAUUUAUAUGCAGACAUAUUAGCAGCAGCAGCAGCAGCAGCAGCAGCAACAGCAGCAGCAUCACUUUUUUUUUUUUUUUUUUUUUUUUUUUGCAGCAGCAGCAGCAGCAGCAACAGCAGCAGCAUCACCAUCAACAGCAGCACCACCAUCAACAGCAGCAGCAGCAGCACCAACAGCACCACCAUCAACAGCAGCAGCACCACCAUCAACAGCAGCAGCAGCAGCAGCAGCACAAUCAUCAUCAUCAUCAUCAACAACAACAACAGCAGCAGCAGCAGCACCAUCACCAUCAACAGCAGCAGCAGGAGCAGCAGCAGCACCAUCGAAAUCAACAGCAGCAGCAGCAGCAGCAGCAGCACCAUCGAAAUCAACAGCAGCAGCAGCAGCAGCAGCAGCAGCAACAGCAGCAGCAGCAGCAUACUUGAGUGGGUGGAUUAA